CUCGAUUCAAAAUCGGGCUGCAAAAAGUGCGGCAUCGCCAAAAUUCAUCUUUUAUUUUUAAGUAGAAAUGGGUUUAUAACUACAACAUAGACUACGACAAGAAAAGGUGCAAAAUGGAGAGUAAAAGUCUUUUUGUGUAUUUUGCUGCCGCAGUUGCUAACUUCAUGUCAUUGGCAUCUGGUUGGGUUUACGCCUGGUCAUCACCUGCCCUUGCCAAACUCAACGGACUGGACAACUCUGAACUGAAUCCACUGUCUCGACCCAUAACAACGUUAGAAUCAUCAUGGAUGACAUCUUUGCUCCACUUCGGAGCAACAUUUGGACCUAUUGUUGCUGGAGUGAUGGCGGAUAGAUUCGGUAGAAAAAGGACCUUAUUGAUAUUUUCGUUACCUAUGAUUAUUGGUAAUAUCAUAACUAUUUUUGCUAACGCGGUGGAGCAAUUCUACGUAGCUAGAUUUCUGUGUGGUUUGGGUUGUGGUGCUAUUUAUGCGGUUAUGCCACUCUACGUGUCAGAGAUUUCGGAACCCCACAACAGAGGAUUCUUAAGUUGUCUUUUAACAGUGCUGCUUACUUUCUCUUCGUUUUUGUGCUACGGCAUUGGACCUUAUGUUUCUAUAACUGUCUUAGGUUACUUAGGGCUUGUACCUCUGGUAUUUUUUGUUGUGAUCUUUAGUGGUUUUAUACCAGAGAGUCCCUUCUACUAUGUUUUGAAAAGCGACCUUGUCUCUGCCACAAGAGCCUUGCAGCUGUUGAGAAGAAAAUCUGUUAACAGCGUCGAAAAAGAACUAGAGGACAUCAAACGUGACAUCAACAGAGAAGUAAGCAGCACAUCUUUCUUUGACAUUUUCAAAACGCCAAACAGUCGUAGAUCUCUUUUCAUUACAUUAGGUUUAAUGAUGUUCCAACAAGCUUCGGGUAUCUCAGGAAUUUUAGCCUAUUUGCAAAUUUUUUUUGACGCAACGGGAAGUAGUGUACCUUCAGAUAUUUCAGUAAUGAUUGUUGGAUUUGUUCAAUUUGCCAGUACGUUUUUAACGUCUGUUUUAGUAGAUAAAUUGGGCAGAAAAAUUUUAAUUUUGAUUUCCUGUUGUGGUUUGUUUAUAUCUUUGUCAGGACUUGGUAUUUACUUUUUUAUGAAAAAUAAUGGUUAUAAUGUAGACUAUUUGUUUUGGGCACCUGUUUUCUUUGUUAUGCUUUACAGUUUGUCAUUUAGUAUUGGCAUAGGACCUUUACCUUGGACGAUUUUAUCAGAAAUUCUGCCUGCAGAUGUUAAAUUUUAUUCUUCCAGUCUUGUAACAUGGGUCGCAUUAUUUUCUGGAUUUUCUGUAACAAUGUUAUUCCCAAUUUUACAAGAAAUGCUAGGUAUGACAACUUGUAUGUGGAUGUUUGCGGGGUUCAUAGGAACUUCUAUUUUCUUUGUUAUUUUCUUUGUUCCUGAGACAAAAGGAAAAACUUUCGAUGAAAUACAAGCUAUGUUAGUUAAAAAAGAUAAGAAUGUAAUUUAGCUAUUUUAUUAAUUUUGUAAUAAAAUAUAAUGCUGAAUGUGUGUAUUUAUAUAUAUUUUCUAAUAAAAUAUUUAUAUUA